AUGCCGUGGAAAGUUGGACUUCUGCUUCUUCUCAGCUGGGGUUUCACGUCCAGCGAGCAAUUCGAGGAGCAACCGGACACCGCGGCGCCUCCAUACGCAGAUAUGCAAAAGGUACAGGUGGAAACUUUGGAUUUCGGCUUUGUGCCCUCUGUGGUGUACGAGACGCACGCAUACUAUGAACCAGGACCCAUCGGUGUUUUGUUCCACAUGGUCCACGCAUUUCUCUACGUGGUUCAACCGAACCCCUUCCCCAAAGAUCUCAUCGUUAAGGUGAUCCAGCAGAACAUGGGUGGCAUUAAACUGGAGGAAUAUAAAAAGCCGGAGAACGUUGUUCUAACACUACAGGCGAUAUACUAUGAGAUUGGGUUCAUCUUGCUGGCGGUGCUGGGUGUGUUGUUUGUGUUGCUGAUGCCUUUGGUGGGCUUGUGUUUCUGUGUGUGUCGCUGCUGUGACAACUGUGGUGGGGAGAUGUACCAGAGACAGAAGAAAAACGCCGACUGCCAGAGAGGCUUUUACACAGCCACACUCAUCGCUACCUCCAUCUUCAUCACGGCGGGAGUGCUGGUUGCAUACGCAGCCAAUCAUAACAUCAGUUCUCAGAUCAAAAGCACGAGGAGACUCAUCGGCACAAAUAUGAGGGACCUUAAAUCCUUCGCCAACUACACGCCAGCGCAAAUAGACUAUCUGACUGCACAGUACACAACAACCAAGAACAAAGUUCUCUCUGACCUUGACAAUAUUGGGACUGUGCUGGGAGGACAGAUACAUAACCAGUUGGAGAAAGAGGUGGUGCCAGCGCUGGAUAACGCUCUUCGCAUGAUGGGAGCCAUGCGUGAGACUAAGGAGGCAUUGGAGAAUGUGAGUACGGCUCUGGAGACCCUGCAGGACGGCACAGGAAAACUUCAGAACAGCCUGCAAUCGGAACGGGCCUCUCUCUCCAACACACUCAACGAUCCCGCCUGUACCAACGGAGCCGUCUCACACACCUGCAGCAACAUCAGAGGAACACUCAGCCAACUCGCGCUCAGUGCCAACUUCAACGGGUUGCCUGAUGUACAAGCCCAACUGGCCAAUCUGGACGCUGUUCUGAAGACUGACCUCAGCAACAUUGUCCAAAAGGGCUAUUCAUCCUUUAAUGACACGCCCAUGAUGGUUAGAGAACAGACGAAGGGCAUCAUAUCUGCUCUGCCUCGCAUAAAAGCCCUCUUGGAUAAGUCCGGCGGUGAGAUUAUAGGUUUCACGAAGAUGUUCCCAGUGGAACCGGCAGUGGCAAACUUCACGAAGUUCCUCAUGGACAGUCAGAAGAACAUCGAAGCCUUUUAUCCUCAGAUAGACCAGCUUGACUUCUACAGGUGGAUAGGGUGUGUGGUGCUGUGCUGUAUGGUGGUUUUGAUUCUUGCCUUUAACUUCAUGGGGUUGUUGUGUGGAACGUGCGGCCAUGACAAACAUGCCACGCCCACUACCCGCGGCUGUCUCUCCAACACUGGUGGACACCUGCUCAUGGCAGGUGUUGGCUUCAGUUUCAUCUUCUCCUGGGUGCUCAUGGGAGUUGUAGUUACUGGCUUUGUUGUCGGGGGUAACGUGGAGAAACUUGUGUGUGAGCCCUUAGCAAACAGACAGCUAUUUAAGAUCAUAGACACACCAUACAUGGUCCAUCCAGCCAAGAAGAACUUUCUCCCUGGGAUGCUCUUCCAGGAUCCUGACAUUGAUCUGACCAUCGGCAGUAUGUACAGGGAUUGCCAUGACAAUAAUGGAAUUUACUCAGCUCUGCAGCUGGAGACUAAAUUUAACUUUAACAGGUUCCUCAACACAACUGUGUUUAACAGGGAGCUUGCUACAAUUUUCCGGGGUGUGACCAUCGAUCUUCAGGGGAUCAGUUUAUUGGACCAGGAGGGAAAAGACAACCUCAUCAACUUUGCCAACACGGGUAUUGGAGAGAUCAACUAUCAGGCCUACCUGUCAGAGGUAAAUAAGGGUGCAACUGUGAUGGACCUGCUGUCCUUCGCUAAUGAACUGGAAGCCCAGGCUGACCAGCUGCCUCGUGGAGCUCUAGCAAAUGCUUUGAAGGGUCACGCCAGCAGCAUCAGGCAGAUCCACAAAGAGCAAGUGGUACCAAUGGAGCAAGCCAUGACCACUCUUAGUCAGAGUAUGAGGUUACUGCAGAAAACAGCCAAAGAGCUACCAACCAAGGUCACAAAUGUGCUGAGUGCCAUUGAUGCUGCUGAGUAUCUCAUUGCAAACAACGCAUCACACGUGGUUAAACAGGAAACAGAUAAAUACUUACAGAGCAUAGUUGGAUACUUCAAUCAAUACACCAACUGGGUUGAAAAUUCACUGGCGAUGGAGGUGGCUCAGUGUAAACCUAUCAGUAACAUCAUAGACUCUCUGGAAAUCGUUGCUUGCAGUUUCUUAGUGGACUCAGUGAAUACAUUCUGGUUUGGUCUGGGCGGAUGCUGUUUGUUCCUCAUUCCCAGUAUCAUCCUAUCAGUCAAACUCGCCAAAUAUUACCGCCGCAUGGACACGGAGGACGUCUUCGAUGAUGGCACAGAAAAUUGGAAUUGA